GUUGACAUGUUUUCUUACUGCUGAGGCUUCCGACACCUUCUCCCUGGUCCCCCUCCCUCGGCCGGAGCUUGGCCGGAGCUGUCAAAACCCCGCCCCCGGAGACCCACAAUUGGUCCAAAAAGCGUAAAAUCAGCAAUCAAGGGGGGCCUGGCUCGUUAGCGCAGGGGAUCCGAGCAGAGCAGGACAUGUGAGAUAGUCACAGUUUUCCAGAGAUCACGACAAGAUCUUACCAGUCGCGCGUGGUCCCCGGCGCCGGAGAGGGCCAGCCCAGCCCAGCCCAACCCCGCGCGCGGAGUCCCCUCCACCCCCGCGCCCAGAGCGCCCCGCGCCCCUUUGCGGACCGCGCGGGACAAGGAGCAGAGAGGAGCGGAGCCGCUGCCGCGCCCGCGGCCAGAGCCGUCCGUCCUCAGCGCGCAGCCGCCCGGGCCGGGGGUCCGAGCCGCGCGCCCCCGGCCCCGGCCCCCGGGCGCCUGGGCCGGAUGUCCCGAUGAGAGAGCCGGCGCUGGCAGCCAGCGCCAUGGCUUACCACCCUUUCCACGCGCCACGGCCCGCCGACUUCCCCAUGUCCGCCUUCCUGGCGGCGGCGCAGCCUUCCUUCUUCCCGGCGCUCGCGCUACCGCCCGGAGCGCUGGCCAAGCCGCUACCCGACCCGGGCCUGGCGGGGGCGGCGGCCGCAGCGGCAGCGGCCGCAGCGGCGGCCGAGGCGGGGCUGCACGUCUCGGCACUCGGCCCGCACCCGCCCGCCGCGCAUCUGCGCUCGCUCAAGAGCCUGGAGCCGGAGGACGAGGUGGAGGACGACCCCAAGGUGACGCUGGAGGCCAAGGAACUGUGGGACCAGUUCCAUAAGCUGGGCACGGAGAUGGUCAUCACCAAGUCUGGGAGGCGGAUGUUCCCCCCCUUCAAGGUUCGAGUCAGUGGCCUGGACAAGAAGGCCAAGUACAUCCUGCUUAUGGACAUUGUGGCCGCCGACGAUUGCCGCUAUAAGUUCCACAACUCCCGCUGGAUGGUGGCAGGCAAGGCUGACCCGGAGAUGCCCAAACGCAUGUACAUCCACCCGGACAGCCCGGCCACUGGGGAGCAGUGGAUGGCUAAGCCUGUGGCCUUCCACAAACUGAAACUGACCAACAACAUCUCUGACAAGCAUGGCUUCACCAUCCUAAACUCUAUGCACAAGUACCAGCCGCGCUUCCACAUCGUGCGGGCCAACGACAUCCUCAAGUUACCGUACAGCACCUUCCGCACUUACGUCUUCCCGGAAACCGACUUCAUCGCGGUCACCGCUUACCAGAAUGACAAGAUUACGCAGCUGAAGAUUGACAACAAUCCGUUUGCCAAGGGCUUCCGAGACACCGGGAACGGUCGGCGCGAGAAAAGGAAGCAGCUCACGUUGCCCACGCUGCGGCUGUACGAGGAGCAUUGCAAACCUGAACGCGAUGGCGCCGACUCGGACACCUCAUCCUGCGACCCUCCGACUGCGCGGGAACCGCCGCCUUCCCCGGGCGCAGCACCCAGCCCCCUGCGCCUGCAGCGGGCCCGAGCCGAGGAGAAGUCGUGCGCUGCAGACAGCGACCCGGAGCCAGAACAGCUGACGGAAGAGCGCACCGGGGUGGCUUUAGGCCGCAGCCAGGCUCAAGACAGCGCCAGUCCCCCACGCUUGACCGAACCUGAACGUGCCAGAGAGCUGCGCAGUCCCGACAGGGGAAAGGAGUCUGCCGAGAGUGGUGGAGACAGUCUGUUUGGCCUGAGGAGCCUGGAAAAGGAGCGAGGCGAGGCCCGGAGGAAGGACGAAGGGCGCAAGGAGACGGCAGAAGGCAAAGAGCCUGGCUUGGCGCCACUAGUGGUGCAGACAGACAGCGCGUCCCCGCUGGGUGCCGGACACCUGCCCGGCUUGGCCUUUUCCAGCCAUCUGCACGGGCAGCAAUUCUUUGGGCCUUUAGGAGCCGGCCAGCCGCUCUUCCUUCACCCAGGACAGUUCGCCAUGGGCCCUGGCGCCUUCUCCGCCAUGGGCAUGGGUCACCUGCUGGCCUCGGUAGCAGGUGGUGGCGGCAACGGUGGAGGUGCAGGACCUGGGACUGCCACGGGGCUGGAUGCAGGCGGGCUGGGUCCCGCAGCCAGCGCAGCGAGUACCGCAGCUCCCUUCCCGUUCCACCUCUCCCAGCACAUGCUGGCAUCUCAGGGAAUUCCAAUGCCCACUUUCGGAGGCCUCUUCCCCUAUCCCUACACCUACAUGGCAGCCGCAGCUGCCGCCGCCUCUGCCUUGCCCGCCAGCAGCGCUGCGGCGGCGGCUGCUGCCGCUGCGGGCUCCCUAUCCCGGAGCCCGUUCCUGGGCAGUGCCCGGCCCCGCCUGCGCUUCAGCCCCUACCAGAUGCCGGUCACCAUUCCGCCGAGCACUAGUCUCCUGGCCACCGGCCUGGCGGCCGAGGGCUCCAAGGCUGCGAGCGGCAGCAGCCGCGAGCCCAGCCCCCUGCCCGAGUUGGCCCUCCGCAAAGUAGGGGGUCCGGCCCGUGGCACCCUGUCGCCCAGUGGGUCUACCAAGGAGGCUGCCAGCGAACUGCAGAGCAUCCAGAGACUGGUGAGUGGGCUGGAGAGCCAACGAGCCCUCUCCCCCGGCGGGGAGUCACCCAAGUGAGGGGGCUGAGCAGCCGCUCUGCCACUGCUGCCGCCGCCGCGCAGACCUCCCGGGCUGCCUGCGCCCCUGCUGCUUGGGACGUGUACAGCACAGAAUGGGUAUUUAUUUAAAUAAAGGAGCAAAAGCGGGCCGCAGCAGCCAAACUAGAGCCUCAUCUGGCCACCGGGGCCGUGGG